GUCAGCCAGGCGCGCUCUGAGGCGGGCCGCUCUCUGCGGAGGGGCGGGGGAGCCUGUUUCCCGGCUGGGGUUCGCCGGGGCCGGGCGGCUGGGGCGCCGGGCGGCUGCUCCGGGAGGUCGGCACACCCAGGGAGGAGUUCAGCCUGUUCUGGGCAGGUCAGCAGUGAGCGGCGGCUGCUUGUUGGUCCUUUUCCGCUCUUCUCAGAGUAGCUCCCUUCUAAUAAUCUCUCGGGAGGCUUCUGUCGGCUGAGGACUGGAGGCGCCUCUGGAGUCAGCUUUGCAGCUGAGGCAGGCUUUGUCCCAGCGAGGGUGGAUGAAGGCGUAGAAAAAGCGGGUGUAACUGCUCCUGAAGGGAAGUUUUAAAGGAGGUGUAAUGAGAACGGAAGCAAGCUCUCCGGUGACGGCAGGGUCUAUAGUUGUCCCGUACGGGCACGCCGUUGGAAAUGAGAAGUGGAGGGGGUCGGAGAUAGCCCAAAGAUUACAGGGGAAAAUUAGAUUAAUCUUUGAAGAUGGCUUGGGACUUGUGGAUUUUCAUCUUUCAAGCAGAACUUGCAUUUUAUAUAUUUCUGAAGCAGAUUUGGUUGCAGGGGAUGAAUUCAAACGGAGAUUGGUUCGGUUUAGAAAUGCCAGCAGUCUCAGGGGAAUUGUAAUUGUAGAAAAAACCCGAAUAAGUGAUCAGUACUUCAUGGCAGUACAAAAGCUUGUUGUUCUAGAGCUUGGAAUGGUGUUGCUUCCUGUGGCAAAUCAAGGAGAAGCUUCUCAACUUAUUACUCAGCUAGUCCGGGAGCUCAGUAGAGACCGCGGCAGCAACCCCUUCCUUCGUAAGCAGUGCCCGCAACUGGCAGAGGCAGCCGUGCUUCGGACGGUGCAACAAAUUCCAGGCGUCGGCAAGACAAAAGCUCUGCUUUUACUGCAGCGCUUUGGAAGCAUCCACCAGCUUUGUAACGCGUCCGUCAAAGAGCUCGAGCUAGUAGUUGGACAGACAGCAGCACAACAGAUGUACAGGUUUCUAUGUUCCUGACGUGCACUUGUAGUGCUGCUUUGUUUGAUUGUUUCUUGUGAACGAUAAAAUCUUGGCUUUGAUACGUAUCAUAAUUUCUGUAAUCCUGAUAGCAACUGGAGGGCGUUCUUCACAGCCGUUCUGCUCGUGUAGAGCGAAAAUCACCUUGGAGAGGAGGUGGUUUCCAUCUUCAUUGUACAGAAAACUCAGAGAAAGCUGUCCCUUCCGGCAUCCCCAGUAAAAAAGGAAAAGCCAUUCGCUUGCCUUUUGUCUUACAGAAAUAAAGGCUUUGUCACUAAGUGGAUGGUGUUACCGCUCAGGAAUUGUGCUGCACGUGAGUAACAGUUCUUUACCAAAGUUACAGGCAUUGCUUGAGAGUGCUAUCUGUGACUUACAACUCGUAAUUCGAUCUAUUCUCAGAGUACUGAUUGUUUUGAGUUACUUGUAAAGAGGAGUGGUUCUCUUGACGUCAUUAAUUUUAUUUUAAAAUACAUUCUUACCGUGCUUAGUACAAUUGCCUUUUGCUUUAUGCACUGAUGAAGGGUCUGUGUGAAAAGCUUCUUUCAUACUGCUCAGCUCACAGCAGGAAGCAGUUAAGCAGGAUUUUCAACUCCCUUUGGUAAACCAAAGAGAAGUGAGUAAUAGACCCUUGGCACUUCUGUAACUGUUCUCAUCCCCCACGUAGCCUGGGCAGCAAGAAGCCCUGUUGCUUAUAUUGAUUUCUUACUUGGGAUGAAAAUAUAAUUUGGCCAUAAAUAUUUGUUUUAUUUACCAAAAAAUAAACGUCAGACUUCCCAGAACAA